GGUAUUUCCUUUGUUUUGACGAUUAUGUGCAGGGCUCAAGGAAUCUGUAGUACUGAAAGCAGAAGCUGCAAAGAGGGAUGUCAUCUUACGAUCAGAAGCUGCAAAGAUGGGAGAGAUCAAUCGAGCAGAUGGUGAUGCUGAAGCUCUAAUGCUAAGAAGUAAGGCAACUGCAGCUUCAAUUAAUCUUAUUUCCGAUGCCCUUAAAAAAGAGGGAGGCAAAGAGGCUGCAAGCCUUCAGGUAGCAGAGUCAUAUGUAGAAGCCUUCAGUAAAUUGGCUAAGGAGUCAACAACGGUGUUGCUUCCUUCAUCUGUUGAUAAUCCUUCAAGCAUGAUAACACAAGCUCUCACUUUAUACAAGAAAUUGAAUCCUGAUAAUGCCUUGAUGUCCAACUCGAAAGACUAAGCUAACCUAUUUUUCUACUGGAUAAUCCUCUAAUAUUUUAAAGAUUUUGAGAAGUAGGAUAAUGGUUAUUUUUGAACUUAUGUAGGAUAAUCUUCUAUAAUCUAUUGAUAUACGCUGAAUGGUUAUAUUUGAGAAUAAGUUAGUAUCAUUAGGAUGUAUAUGUUGGCUUCUCUCGAAUUUCUAUUAAGAUAUUAUUUUUUAUAAUAAUUUGGUGAUUUUCAACU